CUUCCCCCUCCUUCCCUUAUCUUAAUCCCCAGCCCUUCUUCUGUCAACACCGUGGCUGAAUUGGUAGCCACUACUCCAUGGACGCUCUGGCUGCAUUGAGUCCCAUCUUGGGUUCAUCUUAGUAUUUUAGACUCUACUCAACCCACCCCCCUUAAAUAAUCCAAUCCUUUAAGAGUCUUUUAAAAGGCAUUUUGAAUUUAAACACUGUAAAUAUAUCCAUUUACAAAUCCAAGAGGAGCAAGUUGCAGUUCAAAUGCAGUUGAAUUUGAUCAGGGUCUAGGACAGGCUAUUUAUGAGGCUUGUUUUCACCAACCGAAAGGCAUAUUGCAAGGGUGGUCUUCACUAAUGUGCAGGCAAAAUCAUUUUGUGAAACAGUUCUGAACCAAACGCAGGCAACUGGUUCCUUAAAGCUAAUGGUUAAUCAGUCUGGGAUGACACAAUAAGUUUGCAGGCUUGUGAUUUAGUGUGCUCUGUGAUCUCAGCCAAUUGUGAUUUUCAGUAAACAGUAGUUAAUCAAACCAUGUGAACCUAUUACUUAUUUAGCUAAUUCUUGGCUAAAACAGAAACAAGAGCAGACAAUUCAUCUUCUGAAUCUAGCCAAAAAGCCCAUAUGUUUAUGGAGGUUCAUGACACCCCAGGCUUCAGGACCUGUUUUAUUGCCCAGUCCUGGCAACUGAUGGACUUGGUUUCCUUUUAGAGAGAGCUUGGGCCUUUUUCUGAGGGUCUGGUGGGCAGUUUGGUUGAGGCCUUGGUUAUGGCCUAGAGUAGGCAAGAGACUGUAUUGCUCCUACAUGGCCUCUCCCUGGGAGGCAAUCCCAAGAUACAUGCUGAUUUACUGAGGAGCUUCAGGAAGUGAAGUGCAAGAAGAGACCAAAGGAUCAUAACAAGGAAAACGAAAGGUGUGCAUCUCAUUCAGCAUGAGUAAGAACCCCUAUUAGGGAUUACAUCAUGGGGACUACAUGGUGAAAUGUUUUUAUUUUUCUACCUGCAUCUGCCAGUAGCAGUCAGGCAAAUCUGGUCCUCAGUGAACAGGCCGCAGAAUCCAUCAUCAAUAUCAGUGGUGACAGGCUUCAAUAGCAUUUAUUUAGGGCAGGGCAUAUAAUACGUGGACUAACAAUGUAAACAUUUCAUCUAGAUUAGUGAAACACAGUAACAUCUAAAUGUUAAAAAGAUCUCUGUUCAAAUACCAAUGUCUAGGCCAUCUAACAACUGAAGCGCAGAAUUGUUUGUGUUAAAAUCAGAUACUGGACUGGUAACAGCCACUCACAAUGUGAUCUACAGGCAACACAAACUUGAAUAGAAAAUUAAACCUUACAUAAGGAUCCCUGCAGGCCACAUAUUUACUUAGAAAAUCACCAUUCAUUUAAUUUAUUUAUUUAUAUGGAGAUAGAUGUUAUAUAUGUGAAUAUCUCUGGUUCUAUAUCUGUAUCUCUCUUGCUGUCACCCCUCUGAGCUUCCUCCCAGACUAUCACCCAAUUAAUGCACAAACCUCCUCCUACCUACUACUACUACUAUUACUAUUACAAUAAUAAUAAUAAUGUUGGAAGGGACUUUGGAGGUCAUCUAGUCCAACCCCCUGCUCUCCGACAUGCCAUGUGUAGAAAAAAAAUGGUGCAACCAAAUAUGCAUUUGUGCAUCACAAUACAAGAAUAUGAAUAAAUUGCAAAUACAUGUAAUAUGUGUCAUAUGUUUCAUUUGAAAUAUUUCUUAGUUAAGACACAGAAACUAGAAAGACUAUUAGUAUGUCACAUACAUGCUUGAAAGUUGUCCCUUCAGGCCAUUUUGGACUCCUUGCAACAGAACAGAACAGAACAGAAAGCCGGCGAGGAUCAGCAGGCCAGGGACCGCCACCGCCCUUCGGCCGUCACAUCACCGACGCGCCCCUUAGCCACGCCUCUUGACGGCGAGGACGCGAGCUUACGUCAUCGGUCGGCGCCUCUGACGUCGCGGCAUCAUGGCCGCUGGUUUCUGGUUCCCUGCUUGCCGGAAGAAGGUCGCUUUUCUUCUGUGCCGCGGAGGGCGAUCCUUGGCUUCCCAAACGGUGGGGGAAGCCCGGGUGACGCGAGUCCUUCAGGAGAAGUUUCCUCGGGCUGUUGCGAUCAAGGUCGUCGAUAUCUCAGGUGGUUGUGGAGCAAUGUAUGAAAUACAUAUAGAAUCAGAAGAGUUUAAGGAAAAGAGAACAAUUCAGCAGCACCAAAUGGUCAAUCAGGCUCUAAGUGAAGAAAUUAAAACAAUGCAUGGACUGCGGAUAUUCACUUCUGUUCCCAAGCACAGAACUGACUGAUAGCACAUGAAAACUGUGCUUUUCAGAAGUUAUGAGAAGAUGCUCACUGGAAAAUCCUAAAAACAGUGGGUUGUAUUUUGUUUUCCCCCCUUCCAAUCACCAAUGCCUGGUUUCCGCAGCAAUAUUUAUGUCAGAUUGAACAUUUAACUCAUUUAAUUGUAUUGGAUAUUUUUUUUCAAAAAGACUAGUUGAAGUUAUAGUGAAAGUCUCCUUAUCCAUGGUAUCAAAGCCAAGAAUGAAAAAUAGGAAAAAAUAUUUGCAACAUUAUCUUGCUCUUAUUUUUAAUUCAAAGCUCUGUCAUGGCUCAGAUGGUAAUUUACUUGAAAUAUAACAUAAAUUGCUGCUGCUUUUGUUGAAAUUUCUGAUAAUGGGGGAUGCUGAUAAUAUUACCGUGAAUAUAAUUCCCUGAAAAUAA